AUGAUCUACUUAGGAGCGUGUCCUCCGAUGUCUUUUAAGCUACGGAAAUGCGCAUUUUUUUUUUUGCAGCAUCAUUAUACAAAGUUAUUUGUCUGAGACAAGCGAAAUGAAAAAUCUCAAAAGAUUUCUAAAUAGGUAUUUAGCCAAAGUAGUGUACGUUUUCAUACAAACAAGAGCGAGGCUGAAAUGAUUAAGGAAAAGUUGAGUUUUACGUGUGAUGUACUCCUGUCACACCAACAGCUCGCAUGCUGUGACUGUUACUGUGGUAUACCUCACCAGGGCAACAAUGUGCUCAUUUACAGCAAUAAGGAGACACAACGAAAGCCACUGCUACUAACAGGCCACCAUGGUGUCAUCAGUGCCAUGACUUUCGGAAAAAGAAGCAGUCCUGUUACCUUAUGUUCUGCCUCUUCUGAGUAUAUUAUAAUUUGGGAUAUUCAGGCAUGUCAGAAAAGACAAGAAGAAGGUAAACGUGCUGCUGGAACAGUGAUUGGUACUUUACUGGGGAAUGUUGUGCAUCUCUCAUUCUGCUCCGAUGAUGAACUGGUAGCUGUAUGCUCAGGAACAACUAUUUAUGUCCUCAAUUCAAAGAGACAGGAAGUGAUUUGCACAUUAAAUGGCCACCUUGGAUUUUUAACAUCUGCAGAGUUCUGUCCAUGGAACACAAAUAUUCUUGUCAGCACCUCAGAGGAUCGGACUUUUAAGGUUUGGGAUUUAAAAACUGGAGCUGUUUUCUACCAAUCCUUUGUCCUUGGAGGGUCUUCUCUGCUCAGCGUGUUGUUCUUGGAGGAGGAAGAGCAGCUUAUUACCGGCUCAACUGAUGGACAGAUGUGGUGCUUUUCUUUUGAUGAUGACUACAAAUGCCAUCUUGUGAAAAAAAUGGACCUUCAAAAGAUGGAAAAAAGAUAUGAAAUGCGCCAGGACACUCUGAGCCAGCCACAAGAUGUUGCUGAACAAUUGGUUGCUAAUAAAGUGGAGAUCUCAAAGCCUGUCAUCCAAAUGGCUUCAUGUGGCUCAUUUGCAGAAAUCCAGUUUGGUCAAGAAAUAGACAACAGCUGGUUUUGUGUAGGAAGCUCCGAUGGUCUGUAUGUGGUGGAGCUUGCUACCUCAGAACUCCUAAUGGUGCUGUAUUUCAAAGACAACCCCACCCUGAACAUGACCAUGGCUGGAUCAUGGUCAAUCUGUGUAGGAUCUGAUAAAUCUAUGAUCGUUCUAGUGAGCUCUUUGUUUACUCCAUGUGUGGUCUUGCUGGAGUUGUGUUUGAGUAACCUACGCAGGACAAGAGAAGAAGGUGGUUCAGGGUUUUCUGUUUUUCCAAGUUCUCCUCCACUGCUGGAAUCCCCUCUAAAUGCAGAGUUAAAGAGGAAGGAACCCAGCCAUCCGAAAAAGAAAGGAGCAAUAAAGGAAAAGCCGCUAGUUUUUCACUCAAAAGUGAAGUCAUCUGGAUACAACACCACCCCAAGAAUGACUAUGUUUUCAGCACAAACCAAUGCUCAGAAGAAAACAUCACCUAAAAAGUCAAUAAAACAUUUGGGCUUACUCCAUAGCAACUACCCAGAGGACAGUGCAGCACCAACUGAACCACAUACUGCUCUUAACAUUGCCAACAAACAAGUCUCAUGCCUUCAGUAUUCAGGUGAUGGAAAAAAAAUCCUGUGUGGUCUUGGCGACCGCUCAGUAUUAUUGUACAACUCCUGCCUUACUGGUAGUCCAACUGCAUACAUAGGUCAUGACAAGCCAGUGACCAGUGUGAGCUGGAGCCUCUGCAGACAAUGGUGGCUGAGUGCAGCAGAAGAUCUAUCAUUACGGAUCUGGACCAAAUCCAGCUCAGAGCCUGCCAUUAUCUUGGGUGACACUAUGUUCUCCAAACCCAUUAGAGGUGCUCAGUUUUAUUAUCUUGACAAAUUUCUAGUCCUAACAUCUGGACCUUCUAUAUACUUGUACCUGUAUAAUGUGGACCUCACCCGCGAUGAUGUAAAAAGAUAUAAGCAGCGGAGCAUCAUCAAACUGGCAAGUUGCUUAACGCCAUCAGCCUCGGACAUCACAGCCCUUUCUGCAGUCAAUGAUUUCCUCUCAGACAUUGUUCUGGUGAGUUGUUCAGAUCGGUCCAUUCAAGUUCUGGACAUGAACAAAGGUGCAGUUGGCUCUGUGCUGCCUGACGCCCACAGCAGAGCUAUCCACUGCAUCACACAGAACAAGGGAUCCACAUUCACCUCACAAGCUCCAGAGUCAUACAACCUAUUCCUCACCAGUGCAGUUACAGAUGGUGUGAAGAUGUGGGACCUUCGCACAAUGAGAUGCGUGCGUCGUUAUGAGAACCAUGUGAAUCUCUGCCAUGCAUGCUCCUCAGCCAUCUCACCAUGCGGCCGAUUCAUUGCCUCUGGCUCUGAGGAUAAAUGUGCAUAUGUGUACGAUAUUCGUGCCAGCACCUAUCUCCACAAACUCCAGAGACACUCAGACACAGUACUCAGUGUGGCUUUUAACCCUGCAACACCAGAGUUGUUAACAGGAACCUUGGACGGGAAGCUACAACUGUUUCAGUCAAGCACAGGGUCCCAUUUGUCCCAUGACACCAGCGCUGCUGUUCUUUGCAUCUCUAACGUGACUGAGUAAUUACAGCUGGCUGCAGGAAACACCAGGCAGCUUUCAUUAAGGGAGCUGAAACCCACAGGCAAGGAUUUUAUAAGAAAGGAAGAAUUUAAGUAUUUUGUUUCUGUUGCUUUUAGCUAAAUGAAGAUCAAAAACACGCUAAGCGUUACUGCUGAUGUAUGUUCUUUUUUGUUUGCUAUGAAUUUUAAAAAUGAGCAACACAUUGCAGUUUGUUCAUCUUGGCUAAUCUCCCAAUGUUUACUUAUUUCCUUCUGACUUGGAGUCAGAGGAAUGUCAGAGUUAACCACAUUAAUGCGGUAAGUCUGUAUUUGACAAUAGUAGAUAAAUUUGCCAAAAGCAUUAUUAUAGAUCAUUCUAAUUUCUUAAGCAUUUAGACACUCAAGCAUCACAAUAACUAUUGUUACUUAUGUGGAACAGAUGUAUAGUAUUACAGGCGGUGGCCACUAUUUACCAAAUCACUAUGUCAGAGCAUGACAUCAACUGGGUGCAACCUUUUUGACUGCCAGAAACACAUAUGCUCCUACUGUUCAUACUAACAAAACAGGCUUCAGUUUUUGUAGCUUCAUAGUAAAUCUUUUCUCCCCGAACCAUGAGUAAUGACAUAAAUAUAAAUGUUCGCAGGAUAAAGACAAAAAGUUGUUUGAGUUCCAUUUUAUGCAGAUGAUGCACAAGUGUAGUCUAUUAAAAACAGUCUGAAGGACAUGAGAAUGUCUUUAAUACAAGAUAUAUUCCUAAAUGCAGAUUUAGCUCUAUGAUUAUAAUUUGUAGCUAGAGCGCCAUAAUACAUUGAGUGCGGCCCCAGAGACUCCUCGUCGCGGACGGCUGCCGGACCUCCUCCGAGGGUCCCGCCAUCGGCGCCGCGGACGCCCGCCGGACAUUUCCCGUGGGUUCUACCUCCUGCAUCUCCGCCCACCCGGGUUGGGCUGGUUGUUUUGUUUUUUGGGGGGAAUUUUUCUGGACUCCUGGCCCUUCCUGUGCCUCCGCCCACUCUGCUGGGUUGAUUUUUGUUGUUUUUCGGACUCUAGCCCCCCGUCCAGUGCCCCUCCGCCCACCCUUGUCGGGUGGGCGGAGGGGCACUGAUUUUCUAAUCUAGAACGACCAUGAAGCACUUUAGAAGGGCUGACAUGAGGUUGGUGAUUGCCAGUUGGAGCAGAAAAUCCUCUAAUCUGCAAAUAAACACACUCCUCUUCUCUGCUUGGAUACAAGAAGAAAACAAUAUAUAUAUUUUCUUCUGUUGAUGUUACUUUAUAAAUCAUAUCAAACCGCUUGCUUCUGUUUUCUCCAGAAAACGUCUACUACUGGUAUUUUUGCAACACUUAAUCAAAUCUUCAGAGGCUUCAGAGGACUUUACCUUUCUGGAAAAUAUUAAAGUUUCCAUCUUCACUCAUCUCCUAUCCAUUAGGAAAGAUAUUGUACUUGAUGCUGGUGCUGAAGAUGGAAUGAUAAAUCCUCUCCUGGGUUGCUGAUUCAUAGGAGUUCUCAUUUCUUUCUUGUUCUCUGUCCAGUAGUCUGCUUUUGAUUUAUACUGUCUUUUUGGACUAUGUGCUUUAAUUGAUUCCAAGGCCAGAUUGCCAUCUGUUUUAUUAUUUUGAUUUCAACAUAUAUUAGUAGCUGCCACAUUUCUUAUCACAAAUUCUGGUGUUGGGUCUGUCGAGGAUUAUGUUUGUCUGUAGUAUGUGGGAUUUGGUGUCUGUUUUUGUGCUACAGAGACAGAUAUGUACUGGCAGUGCUGGGUUCAUCCUAUCAUGGUGAGCUUUAGUGUUCCUCCAAGCAGAAAAAUAGGAAAACAAAACAUAAUAAAUUGUCUUUUUUGACUAAAUUUAUGAAGCAGCAUUCUCCCCCCAUCUGCGUGCUGGAAUGUGUUUCUGGCGUUUAUUAAAUGAAUUAAACUGCUGCUUUUAUAAACUGAGUACAUUUUUUAGACAAAGGUUAUACAUUGCCAUAUGCGCACAUUCCUCCUUUGUGUGAGAUCUUUUUUUUUUUUUUUGUAUACUCUCUGGGUUAAUCUCAUCAGAAUAGAAUGGGGAUGUAGCUGAAAAUGGCCACACCUAUAAACCCUCAUUUAUUCCGAUAAAGAGUUAAAUUUUUCAUAAAAUGUUUUUUAUUCUGUUUGUUAGAAGAACUUUGUCUGGACCAGCGCGUGCACAAAUUUAGGACAUCGGGUAGAAUUUGACACCACAUUCUGUUUGUAUCCCAGUGUUAAUGCAAAUGCUAAAAUAUCAUACAAUGUUGUCUCAUUACCCCUUUAAAUUUCAGUUUACAUGCUCUUGAAGCUAUAUUUUGGUCUUAAAUUUGUGAGCAAUCAGCUGAAUAUUCCACAAAAUGCUACAAUGAACUCAAAGUUACAGAAAGUGAAUUUCUACAACCCCUGAAAAAUUUUGAUAUCCUUUGAAAUUUCCUACAUUUUGUCAUAUAAAAUACACUAACUUCAAGUUGUAGACAGAAUUAAAGCAGGAUUUUGCUGUAAAACAAUGAAAUACAUUUAUGUCUCUCUUGCUAAUUUUCCCUUAUUGGGAGCAGAAACAGCUGGACAGCAGGUAGGACGUUGUUUUUUCUGGCUGAUUAAUUAAAAAGGGAUUUGGGCUCUAAACAUUUUACUACAUUGUUUCAAAACAAUCGAAUGGAAUAAAUUGUACC